CACAGCCUUUGGAGUUCAGAGGCUUCUGCUGACCUCUGCCCAACCUCUUGCUGUCUUCACCCAAGCCCCCACUGGUACAUACAGAGACAGGGUAGGACUAGAGGAAAGAGGGGGGGUCGCUGGAGACAGGCUGUGAGAGGGCUCAGAAGCCCAGUGAGCCCUCCUAUCCCAGCCCUGUCCACCUGCUGGCGUGACCACAGUGAGAGAAGGUACAGCUAGUAAGAUAGGAAGUGAGGCCCGGUACCCUUGUGGGCAGUGGUGUCAUUAGCUGCGGCUCCUCUAAGAUGUCUCGACAGUUGGGAGAGCUCACCCAAACCAGGUUGCAGAAGAUUUGGAUUCCACACAGCAGCAGCAGCGGGCUGCAACGGAGAAGGGGCUCAUCCAUACCCCAGUUUACCAAUUCCCCCACGAUGGUGAUCAUGGUGGGUUUGCCAGCGCGAGGCAAGACCUACAUCUCCACGAAGCUCACACGAUAUCUCAACUGGAUAGGAACACCAACUAAAGUGUUUAAUUUAGGCCAGUAUCGACGAGAGGCAGUGAGCUACAAGAACUAUGAAUUCUUUCUCCCAGACAACACGGAGGCCCUACUAAUCAGGAAGCAGUGUGCCCUAGCAGCCCUGAAGGAUGUCCACAGUUAUCUCAACCGUGAGGAAGGUCAUGUUGCGGUUUUUGAUGCCACCAACACUACCAGAGAACGACGAUCACUGAUUCUGCAGUUUGCCAAAGAACAUGGUUAUAAGGUCUUUUUCAUCGAGUCCAUCUGUAAUGACCCUGGCAUCAUUGCAGAAAAUAUCAGGCAAGUGAAACUUGGCAGCCCUGAUUAUAUAGACUGUGACCGGGAAAAGGUUCUGGAGGACUUUUUAAAGAGAAUUGAGUGCUAUGAAGUCAACUACCAAUCCUUGGAUGAAGAACUAGACAGCCACCUGUCCUACAUCAAGAUCUUUGACGUGGGCACACGCUACAUGGUGAACCGAGUGCAGGACCACAUCCAGAGCCGCACAGUCUACUACCUCAUGAACAUCCACGUCACACCCCGCUCCAUCUACCUAUGCCGGCAUGGUGAGAGCGAACUCAACCUCAGAGGCCGCAUCGGGGGCGACUCUGGCCUCUCAGCUCGGGGCAAGCAGUAUGCCUAUGCCCUGGCUAACUUCAUUCAGUCCCAGGGCAUAAGCUCCCUGAAGGUGUGGACCAGCCACAUGAAGAGGACCAUCCAGACAGCUGAGGCCCUGGGCGUCCCCUAUGAGCAGUGGAAGGCCCUGAAUGAAAUUGAUGCGGGUGUCUGUGAGGAGAUGACCUAUGAAGAAAUCCAGGAACACUACCCUGAAGAAUUUGCACUACGAGACCAAGACAAAUAUCGCUACCGCUAUCCCAAGGGAGAGUCCUAUGAGGAUCUGGUUCAGCGUCUGGAGCCAGUUAUAAUGGAGCUAGAACGACAGGAGAAUGUACUGGUGAUCUGCCAUCAGGCUGUCAUGCGUUGUCUCCUGGCCUACUUCCUGGAUAAAAGUUCAGAUGAACUUCCAUAUCUCAAGUGCCCUCUGCACACAGUGCUCAAGCUCACACCUGUUGCUUAUGGCUGCAAAGUGGAGUCCAUCUACCUGAAUGUGGAGGCCGUGAACACACACCGGGAGAAGCCUGAGAAUGUAGACAUCACCCGGGAACCUGAGGAAGCCCUGGACACAGUCCCUGCCCACUACUGAGUCCUUUCCAAGAAGUCAGACUGCCUGUGUACUCAUCGCCUUCCAUCUUUAGGAAAUGCUAUCCUUGCUCUUCUUCUACCCUAUUCUGAGAAGACUCUGUCCUUGACUUCACUGGGGAGCCCUGAUUCUGGUGAAAAAGUCUUCAACUGCUCCAAAACAAGUCUCAGUUCCUAGCCACAACCAAGGAAUUUCUCUGAAUGAAGCUCUUUCUUAACUUCUAUUCUCUAAUCAAUAAAGACGUCUGCCUGGAGAGGGGGA